CCCGGUAUGGCGGAAACACGACAGCUUACCUUUUUCAUGGAAGCAUGAGCGCCAGUGAAGAAAGAACAAAUUGAAAGAAUUGAUCGUCGGGAUGGCAAAUUAGGGUUUUCCUUCAAUUGCCAAAAGCCAUUGAAAUUUUCCGGGAAUCAGUUCCAGCAACCUCCAUUGCCAAUCCGUCGUUUCCGAAUAAUAUGGCAGGAAGAAAUCGUGUCAGUCGCCAUCCCGAAAAUUUCAGAGAUUUUCGAGAUGGGCUGCCUCCACCUCUUCUUACACGACGCCUUGGACCACUUCCUCCUCUUCAUCCUGCAGCUUUGGAAGAAGAACUUGAAAUUAAACAUAGAGAGAUGCAGAGGAUCGUUGCUGAGAAUCGUGCUAUUAUAGAUGACAAUACGCAUCUGCAGCGAGAACUAAGGGCUGCUAAGGAUGAGAUCCAUAGAUUAGGGCAGGGUAUACUGAAACUUCGGGCGGAAAAAGAGGCGCAGAAAAGGGAAUUAAUUGAUAAUAAACUGAAACUAGAAGCCCUGCUGCGCGCUGCUGAACCUGUGAGAAAGGAGGUUGUGCAGCUUAGAAAUGAAGUUCAGAAACUGAACGCUAUAAGGCAGGAUUUGUCUGCCCAGGUACAGGGUCUCACUAAGGAUGCCACUAGAUUACAAGCUGAGAACCAGCAGCUAAUUCCCAUGAGGGCUGAUUUCGAUGUUCUCCGCAAAGAGCUUUAUGAGGCCAGGCGAGCUUUAGAAUUCGAGAAGAAAGCCCAUGAGGAACAAGCUGAACAAAAGGAUGCAAUGGAAAAGAAUCUUGUUUCCAUGGCUCGUGAGAUUGAGAAGCUGCGGGCAGAGCAGCUCAACGCAGAGAGGAGAGUACAGGGACUCGGUAUUGGUGGUUACGGGAUGAUGAAUGGAAGCCCUGAAAUGAGAUAUCAGGGCAGCAGAUAUGGAGAUGGGUAUGGCAGUGCUUGGGGACAUUAUGAUAAUAAGCGUCAAAGGCGCUGACAUAUGUUCUCAAACAUGAAUGUCAGAGAGUAAGUGAGAGAUUCUCCAGAUGGUUUAACUGCCAAUUUAGCUGUCUUCUUGGGUGGAGAAAUGAUUGCGAAGCCUGAGUUCCAUUUCAGCUCAUCUUCUGAGCCUUGGCCUCUGUUGCAGCUGGGAAUUGUAGCUCCAUUCAUCCUAGCAGUCAUCAUCCAACCAUAUAGUACAUUUUUAAGGGGCGAUCCUUUCAAUUUUCCUUAUAAUCUCCCCUGUCCACCAUAAAAUUGUAAUAUCAAGCAGCCCCUUCUCGGACAUGGUCUUCCUGUAGAAUCUUUGCCUUUCCAUGUUUAUAAUUGUCGAGCUGCGCUACUUUGGAGCCAUUGUAGGUUUGUCUGUAUAAAAAGAUUGAGUUAAGCUUCUCAUUUAAUCGUCUUGCACAGAUUUUCUAUGUUUUACUUAAAGUAAUGCAAAACACUGCACCUUGCCGUUGUUGUUU